UGACAAGUAUGUACUAAAAAAUUGUAUUAUUAAAUUGCACUGAAUACUUUUAAUCAUCAGUGUAAAUAUAAAAUUUAAGGUCACAAGUGCUGUUCAGGUGCUAAAAUUUCAUGAUAAUUUAUUUAACUCAAUUAUUAAUCCAUUAAGUAGGCAUGUAAAUAAGAAUGCUACAACUAAAUUUGUACUAUUUCUAUUAUUAUUACCACUAUUAUUAUCAAAACAUUUAAAAUUUCUGUGAAAAAUUUAUAAAUUUCAAGUGAAAAUGAAUAACUUCAUGAAGUUAUUGGUAAUAGUUGUCUGUUUAUUUUUAAAUUUUAAAAAUAUUUUAAUGGUUUCACCUUUUCCUAAAUUACUUAUUGUAUCUUAUGAUGCAUUCAGAUUCGAUUAUUUUAACCGUAAUUUAACUCCAUUUAUGAAGCAAUUGAAGGAAGAAGGAACAGAUGUUGACUAUAUGAUGAAUGCAUUUGUUACAAGAACGCUUCCAAAUCAUCACACCAUGGCAACUGGUUUUUAUAUUGAAAAUCAUGGUGUUUUGGAAAAUCGUAUGUUUUAUGAAAACGGAACAGUAUUAGAAAAAAGUGCAGACGUUUUUCAUUAUAAUAAUAAAAUACUUCCUAUCUGGACAAUCAACGAGAAAAAUGAUAGUUUGCGACAUAGCGGUAGUAUGAUGUGGCCCGGUGGUGAAUUUGAUUUUGAUGGUAGAACCCAAACAUUUUAUAUGCCGUUAAACAUAUCUAAAAAUUGGGAAGAUAGGUUUGAUGUAUUAUUAUCAUGGUUUCUUCAUCCGAAAAAACCAAUAAAUUUAGGAAUUUUAUAUAUUGAAGAACCAGAUUAUCAUGCUCAUGCCCAUGGCACUGAUCAUCCUGUAAUAAAUGAAUUGUUGAAAAAAUUAGAUAACUUUACUUACUAUAUACACACCAAGCUCAAGGACAAUAACUUAACUAGUGUAAAUGUUAUUCAUUUGAGCGAUCACGGAAUGACGGAGGUUAAUUUAUCUAGAAUUAUAAAUAUCUCACAAAUUAUUGAUUUAUCGGAAUGUCAAUUUUUGCCUACUGCUAAUACUAUCUUCAUCAUACCACAUCCAGGCAAAGAAGAUAUUCUUUAUGAUAAAUUAAAAUCGGCAGCUAAUGAAACAUCAACGUUUUACGUUUACCGUAAAGAAGAAAUACCGGAGAGAUUUCAUUACGGUAAUAACACACGCAUGACACCAAUAUUUGUUGUUGCUAAAAGUGGAUAUGCCUUUGAAUUCCUACGCGAUUCAUUUGAUUACUAUCAAAAAACUUUCAAUAUUACAAUUGAUGAUAAGUCGUUAUUUGGAAUCCACGGUUACGAUAAUGAAGACAAAAAUAUGCAUCCAAUGUUUUUUGCUAAAGGGCCAGCGUUUAAUGCUCAUUGCAAAUUAGAACCUUUUCACAAUGUCGAUUUGUACCCUCUGUUUUGCAAUAUAUUAAAUAUCCAGUGUCCAGAGACAAAUGGUACUCUGAAUUCGUUUAAAAAGUGCCUAAAAUCAUUUACUGAUGACGAUCAAAAUAAUUCUCACUCUAUGCUUGUACCAGUUUUAGUAGCUUUAGCGGUGGUCGGAACUAUUAGUAUGUUGAUAGGUCUAUAUCUAAGAAUGAAACGACAAAGGGAAGAAGUUCUUUAUCGGAAAGACUAUUAUCGAUGAACUGGACAAUUCAUCCUCGAAUCAGUUCAUUUUUGCUUUUACGAAUGAGUAGUGCUUGUAUAAUAAUUUUUAAUGGCUGUUUAGUUCUUCAUUGAUUGAACUCUAACUAUUAACUAUUUUUUAAUAAAGAAUACUGGAUGAUGCGAAGAUGGAGCAAUUGUGGGAUGAACAUCAAGACUUAGAGAAUAUGUGGCAUUGAAGUAGAGUCAAGGCGAAAAUACAAUCUUUUUGAAAAUUAUUAUUUAUUUUUUUUGAUAAAUCAUACAAGAAUACGUAAGUUCAUGAGUAGACAUUUUAUUUGUAAUUUAUGUACCGUAUGUGAUCCAUAAUAUAUUUGAAGAGUACGGGGCGAAAUU